AUGUAUCGUGGCCUGCGAGGAAUGGCCGCCAGAGUCCAGAUCAGCCUCACCCUCCGGCUGACCGUGCACGGCCCAGGCAGCUUGAGAAACAUGGGCCAGGAGAGGGAGUUUGCGAGGCGCCUCCAGGUGGAGAGCGGAGCGCAGGUCAGUAUGUCCGGUGACAACUGGCCCGAGCGCAGCCUCACGCUGAGAGGCAGCAGUGACGUGAUCUUCAGGGCCCUGAUCAUGAUCAUCGAUACGAUCCAUGAGGAUAUCUGUAGCACACUGCCCCUCGCCGAUGGCCCGCAGCCCUUCGUCACCCUGCGGCUGAGAGUGCCAACCUCGCAGUGCAUCACACUGCUCGAAGAGGAUGGCUCCAGAGUCAGGGACAUCUGCGCUCGCACCGGGACCCAGGUGCACGUGUCCGGCAACUUGCCUCCUGGCGACAGCGAGCUGUCCAUGACCGGCUGGCCACACUGCGUGAGCGAGUGCAUGAAGCUGAUCUGCCAGAACCUGCUGGAGACGCUCGUCGGGAUCCUGCAGGAUCGAGGCCCAGUCCUUGCCUACCAACCCGCACUGGGCCCGGCUCUCGCUGCAGAUGGCCACUCUGAGGCUGCUGAAGGCUCUACCUACACCAGGGGCCGCCUCUACUCCAGGGGCUACCCCUGCUCCAGGGGCGACCCCCACACUGGGGGAGACCCCUAUGCCAGGGGCAACCCCUACACCGGGGGCAACUCCUACUCAAGGGGUGACACCUAUUCCAGGGGAAACCCCUAUACCAGCGAUGUCCCCUAUGCCAGGGGCAUCCCCUAUGUCGGGGGUAACCCCUACACCAGAGGCAUCCAUUAUGCCGGGGGCAUUCCUUAUACCAGGGGCAAUCCUUACCCCUAUGCUGGGAGCCACCCCCAGGCCGCGGGCUACCCGCACUUCCUGCCCUACCUGCAUGGGCAGCCACAACCACAGCCGGGUUCCAGCCGCGGGCUGUCCGCCAUGUUUCCGUUCUACUGGCGUGCGGUGCAGCAGCCGGCCGGAUCCUACAGCAUGGGUGUCAGCGAACCACCGGAGAUCAUUCACGAGAUCAUAAUUCCCAACGAUUUUAUUGGCUGCGUCAUCGGCCUCCAGGGAGCCAACGUCAGCGAGAUCCGCCGCAAAUCCGGUGCCCGGGUCAAGAUCUUCCCGCUGAUGGAAGGCAGUUCUCUGAGGCUGGUUAGGAUCACCGGUACACCGGCUAGUAUCAUCGUGGCCCACAUUAUGGUGAUCUCCAGCCUGAGCCACCAGAGGCUCUAG